ACAAGGCAGUGACACAGAUGCGCGUGGAAGAUAAGCCUUCUUUUCCACAAAGCGUUUGCUCAGAUUGACUUCACGCCGCGGAAGAAAAGUGUAUGAACGAACCGUUCGUGUGCUAGUAGUACUCACUGAGAACUUGUUCGCUUAGGCUACAGGCGCCAACUUUGCGAGUUUUCAGUACAUGGCGGGCCUCCCGCCAUCUGCGGGCGACGGCGACGCGGCACCGCCGCUGCGCGCGCAGAUCGCGUUGAACAUGGACGCCAUGGUGGCGCAGCUGCGCGACGACGCCGCCCUCGCGCGCCUCCCCGACGCCGCGCUGCUCCAACAGUCCGCCGCCGCCGCGCGCUUCACGGAAAUCAUGGCCGCCGCCUCGCUGGGCGCGCGUGGUGCGACAGGCGCCCACUCGCAAGCGCGGGAGCAGGGAAGGCCGCAGGUGGAUCUAGGCGAUGCAGGCAGCAACGAGAGCGCUGUCCGGCGGUCGACCGCGGCCGCGACGGGUGUGAUUGCAAGCACUGCAGGCUCUGAGCGCCGUAUAGGCACAGAAAGCAUCAUGUCGAUGAUGGAGACCCGAUGCAUGACCAUGGGCGAGAUCGGCCGAGGCAUUGAAAUGGGCGCGAAUGAGAGACGAGGGCCCACGAUGGACGCGGCGAGUUGCCCCAAUGUGAGAGGUAACGGCAAUGAGCGACGCAACCAAUUGCUCCUGCUGCAGAUGCACUUGUGGCAGCAACGACAGCGCCAGCAGCAGCAGCAGCAGCAGCAGCAGCAGCAGCAAGAGCAAGCACAGGAACAGGAAAGGGCCAUGGAGCAACAGCUACUGGCAUUGCAGCAACAGCAGUGGCAGCAGCCCCUGCCGUGGCAGCAGCAGCAGCAGCUACUUUUGCAGCACGAAUUGGCUCAGCAGCAGGGCCUGGUGUUGCAACACAUGGCCGCCAGACACCUGACCGCGGGGCAUCCGGUGCCAGCAGGGCAUCAGGUGACAGCAGGGCAUCCGGUGCCAGCAGGGCAUCAGGUGACAGCAGGGCAUCAGGUGCGCAGUGAGGUAUCGCAUGCCGCCUUGCCUGACCUGCAGUACCACGACGUUGCCGAGCCUCACCACUCCCACUCACCGCACCAGUACCAGCAGCAGCAGCAGCAGCAGCAGCAGCAACAGCAACAGCAACAGCAGCAACAGCGGCAGCAGCAACAGCAACAGCAGCAACAGCGGCAGCAGCAGCAGGCGCAGCUAGCCGCGUUGGAGCAGCAGCUGACGGCCAGCCUGGCGCGGCGAGAUGCGGCUUUGGCGGAGGCUGGGGGGAAUGAAGAGGCCCGCGCGCUGGAAGAGGAGGGGGAGGGCGAGGGGGAGGAGGGGGGAGUCAGGGAAGCCCAAGCACUUUAGUCCCACCAAUACGGCUGGUGAAGCCCACCCACCUUGCACCUUGCACCUUGAACCUUGCACCUUGC